AUGCAUUCAGAUGAUUUCAAAAGCGAGCGAACAACCCCUACCGAUGUAGAACGACAAUCAAUACAGAUCGAAGGCGCUGUCGAACACAUACAGCUCAAUGAACUCAAUCUACAAUCCCGGGGAACUCGACAAAUGUCAAAUUUGGAGACAAUCUCUGCAAGCUGGGUCAUUUGUGACAGCUGGGCUGGCGUAGCCGGUACUAUUGCUUUGGCUAUCUCUCAAGGUGGCCCGGUCACUUUGAUCUAUGGUCCAAUUGUCACAGUCCUUCUAGUCGGAGCUUGUGCCAUGACCCUCGCAGAGCUAGCCAGUGUGUACCCCACUGCUGGGGGUCAGUAUCACUGGACUUCAAUCUUGGCUCCGAGAUCUAUCAAUCGCUCUUUGAGUUAUUGUUGCGGUAUCACAAAUAUGUUCUCCUGGAUUGCGAUUUGUACCGGAAUUUCUAUCAUUCCAGCACAGUUGAUUUUAGGAAUUGCGAUCCUCUACAAUCCAACAUUCUCACCCCAGCCAUGGCAUUAUUUUUUGAUAUAUCAAGCCAUCAACGGUAUUGUGCUACUAUAUAACAUCACCCUUCUGAAGCGAUCUCUGUGGAUCCAUGACGUUUCAUUUUUUGUCACUAUUGCUAGCUUUCUUGUGAUUGUGAUAGCUUGUGUUACACGCUCAUCUCCCCAUUAUGAGCCGUCGAAAGCUGUUUGGGCCACUUUUCUCAAUGACAGCGGAUGGAGCUCCGGUGGAGUCGCAUUUCUCACUGGACUAGUGACUCCAAAUUACAUGUAUGCUGGUAUCGAUGGUGCACUUCAUCUCGCAGAAGAAUGCAACAACGCGAGUACGGUGGUGCCUCGCGCUCUGAUGAGCACGUUGAGUAUUGGAUUUGUGACCUCAUUCGCUUUUGUGAUUGCAAUGUUAUACUGUACCAGUGAUUUGAAUGCGGCUGUUCAGUCAAAAACAGGUGUCCCAAUCUACGAGAUCUGGCGUCAAGCAACUCGCUCAGAUACAGCCGCCACAAUCUUUGUUAUCCUCGUUGUUUUCGCAGCUGUGUUUGCACUCAUCGGUGGGCAACAAACUGCUUCACGACUGACUUGGUCUCUUGCAAGAGAUCAUGCCUUAAUUGGUAGUCAAUGGCUCAGUAAGACACAUCCAAAAUUAGAUGUCCCAGUGUGGAGUCUCAUUUUCAACUUCGUGGUCAUGUUCAUCAUCGGAUGCGUCUAUCUCGGUUCAUCCUCUGCAUUCAAUGCUUUCAUUGGCACUGGCUUAAUCCUGCAACAUAUAUCCUACGCCUUUCCAGCUGCUCUGUUAAUGUAUAGAAAACGAUCCAAGGUGUGGCUACCGCAAUCCCGAUCCUUUUAUCUACCAGGGCUUCUUGGGUGGACUGUAAAUGUUAUCACCAUCGGCUUUGCAAUCUUGGUGCUAAUUUUCUACAACUUCCCGACGGCAUUGCCUGUGAAUGGAACCAGUAUGAAUUAUACCUCGGCUGUACUUGGGGUGAUGGCUAUAUUUGCUGGCUUAAAUUGGCUGCUUUGUGCUAGGAAGAAGUAUUGCGGUCCGCGCCUUCACCGGUCAAGCGAUGGAGAGUAA